AUGGCGCUGGCAGCAAGGAACUCGGCCUUGCGAUAUUUUGAUGUCGCAGUCACUUUUACUGCAGAUCAGUUUCGCGGUAUCUACCGUGGCAAACAGUACCAUGAGCCCGACUUUGCCGAGGUUCUGAAAAGAGCUAGGGAUCAUGGCUGCGAAAGAGUGAUGCUUACCACUAUGUCACUCGACGGGGCAAAGCAGAACUUAGAGCUUGUCCGGAAAUUUCCAGACAUGUGUAAGAUGACGCUUGGGGUACAUCCGUACCAUGCAGGCGAAAUCUACGAGGCACAAGGGUCUCGGGGGCACCCCAAUGCAUACCUGGAGACUAUUCGAAAAAUCGGCGAGGGAUUAAUUGCUGAAAUUCCAUCCCCUCUCGCAGCUUUCGGCGAGAUUGGCCUAGAUUACGUCUAUCUGGACCGUGCAGACAAAGAGACACAGCAACGUGCGUUUAAAGAUCAGUUGGAGAUGGCUACGGAAUUUCAGCUUCCUUUAUUUCUGCACGUGCGCGAAUCGACCGAUGAUUUUAUCUCAAUAAUCAAGCCAUAUCUGCCAAAGCUGCCUCGUGGUGGUUUGGUGCAUUCAUUUGCCGGCUCAAAGGCGGAAAUGCUUCAGCUUGUGGAACUGGGGUUGGAUAUCAGUGUUAACGGUGUUUCUUUCCGGAGCGAUGAGCAGAUUGAAAUGACCAAACAUAUCCCAUUGAGUAAAUUGCAACUCGAAACCGACGCUCCGUGGUGUGAGGUCAUGGAAAAAGACCCGAAGAUCGAACCCUUCCUUGCUACUGCAAGGCCCCUACCACCCAACAGAAAGCACAAUAAAUUUAUACUGGGCCAAAUGGUAAAAACAAGAAAUGAGAGCUGCACUAUUGAGCGAGUUGGACUUGUCGUGGCCGGAUUAAAAGGCGUGACAAGGGAGGAAGUUGCCGAGGCUGCUUGGAACAAUAGUUCGCGGAUGUUUUGGUAG